GACGUAAUACAUAAACAAGAUGGCUACUUCCACAGGCUUAAGCAAAAGUGCUGCACUCUCUAAAGCAGAUUACCUUAAACGGUAUUUAUCUAAUGAUGAAGCUGGCAAGAAGUCUAAAGAAAAGAAGCUUAAGAAGAAACGACCGAAACCCACUGGAAGAGGAAUGAAGAUUGUCGACGACGACAUUGAUUGGAGGCAACUGGCAGCUCAGGACGAAGAAGAAAAAGGAGGAGAAGAAGAAGAGGAGGAUGAGGCGCCUGUGAUUGCAGAAGUGAUAGAUGAACGGCCAGAGGAGAUCAAGCAGCUCGAGGCGUUCGGAACUGGCAAGUGGAAAGUGAUUGGCGCAACAGAGAGAGAUCCCCAAGAAACCCAGGACUCUCUAUUAGAUGAAAGUUUGGACCCUGAUCAUAGAGUGCGGCACGACUCACCGGAGACUUCUCCUGGACGGAGGGUACGGCACGAUUCCCCUGACCUCUCACCCAAGAGGACUCGGCACGACUCACCAGAUCUCUCACCCCAGAGAAGUCGUCGUCAUGACUCGCCAGAUCUCUCGCCUCAAAGACACAGAGCCGAGAACAAAAACAGACGGCAUGAUUCCUCAUCACCUUCCCCUCCGAGAAAGAGCCACAAGAGCUCUCCCUCCAGAACUCAAAGGCCGCACGAUAAAGAGUCUCCGCACAGAAAAAAGACAAAAGCUGCCUCCUCAGAUGACCUUUCGCCGCCCAGGAGACGAGUACGAAAAGACAAAGGCUCAGACUCCGAUCAGUCCCCACCACGCAGACGUCCUCAUGGACGACGGGGCUCAGACUCCGAUCUGUCUCCACCCAGAAAGAGAGGUUCAGAUUCAGAUCUCUCUCCUCCCAGGAAGAGGCGACAGGGGGGACGUGGGUCGGACUCGGACCUGUCUCCACCGCGGAGGACACACUCUCCUGAUGCACAGGCAGCACCUCGAAUGCUGUCUGGUGGAGCUUCAGGGCUCGUCUCUGUCGACAUUUUGAGGAAAGAAAAGGAAGAAAUACGCAAAAGGGAAAAGCGCAACCAGCCUCUUGAAGAGGCAUCAAGAAAUGCACAGACAAUAUUUCGAGACAAAUUAGGUAGGACGCGUGACAUUGAAUCAGAAAGAGCCGAGAAAAGCAGACAAGCAGGAGAAAAAGCAGAGAAGGAUGAAAAAUAUGCGCAGUGGGGAAAAGGGCUUGCUCAGGAAGAAAUGCAGCAGCAGAACUUGGUCGAUGCCAUGCGGGAGGCUCAGAAGCCGCUAGCGAGACACAUUGACGAUGAAGACCUCGAUCAGAUGCUGAGGGAGCAAGAGAGGGAGGGAGACCCAAUGGCUGCCAUGCUUCGCAAAAAGAAAGACAAAAAUGCUAAAUUAAAAGGAAUCAAAGAAAAACCGCGUUACAAAGGUCCACCUCCACCUCCGAACCGUUUUAACAUCUUGCCAGGCUAUCGCUGGGAUGGAGUUGACAGGUCCAAUGGUUUUGAGCAGAAGCGGUACAGCAGGAUAGCCGAUAAGAAAGCUGUCCAGGAGAUGGCAUACAAGUGGAGUGUGGAGGACAUGUAGAUCCAGAUGUGUUUAUAGAGAUGACUGGCAUUAGUACAGUUCACGCUGCAAAAACCAAGAUGUUUGGGGGCAGUUAUCGGUCCUACUGUAUACAAGAAAUGUUCCUUAUUAAAUGUUAAUUUUUAACAAAUCCCGAUUUUCAUCAGCACCAUUUCUAAGCCAACAAUUUGAUUUAAGAGAACAAAUUUUAGACAGACUAGAUGACACUAUUGUUUUCUUUAUUUUAUUUUUUUGUACCCGAAUUCCAACUGUUCUACUUAAGUGAAAGUAAAAUUUUUCUGAAUAUUUCAAA